AUGGAUAUUUUCGAAGAACCCUUCUACAAAAUAAUUAUAAAAAUUUCCCAUUUAAUAGGCCAAUGGCCGACUCAGCCAGCACGAGAGAAGUUUAUUAUUACAACUCUUAGAUGGAUUAUAUUCCUUAUGCAAAUAAUUCCAAUGACUAUAGCUAUUGUGAUACAUUUGCACGAGCGAGAUGUUGUAUUUGAAUCAGUUUCGUCGUUUGCAAUUUGUUUAGCAUUUGCGGUCAAAUAUAUGAAUGUAGUUUGUAGUGCAGAUAUGAUCAAAGAAUUAUGGGAAACUAUUAGACGUGAUUGGAAAUCACUAUUGAACGAUAAGGAAAAACGUUCACUACAAUUUGAAUCGAAUCUCGGUCAUUUUUUUUCAACUGGAUAUGCAGUAUUUGCAUACGUGUCAGCGACAAUUUUUGUGACAGAACCGAUUUUUCCGAAGAUUCUAAGUAUAUUCGUGAAAACAAAUGAAACUGUUCCACUGAAAUUGGCUCUUCCGUUGGAGUAUCUUUUCAUUGACCUGGAACACCAUUACUGGAUACUGUAUAUUGUUUCUACUAUAUGUAUUUACAAUACUAUAUUCAUUAUUAUUUCAUGUGACAUCUUAUUUAUCACCUUUGUGCAACACGUUUGUGGAUUAUUCGCAGUUAUAGGAUGUCGACUAGAAAAUAUGCCGCUCAAAACAGAGUAUCCGGAAGGGUAUGAAAGAGGAAAUUAUUUGUCAAGCUCUAAUGAUAUUUCUUACAAACAUAUGGUAUCUUGCAUAAGGGGCCACAAGAAAGCAUUAGAGUAUGUUUGCGCGAAGUACAUUGAAGAUGCUUAUACUUGGAGCAAUGGAAUACUGGCCAUAUUAAAUGCGCCAGUUAUAAGUAUUACUUCAUUUCUGUUGAUAACUGAAGCCACUACAAUUGACCAGACACUCAAAUACGCAACAUUUACAUUGUGUCAGGUGUCACAUCUCUUUUAUCUAUGCUUUAUGGCUCAAAAGUUAGAAGACAUGAGUUUACGAAUCAACGAAAAUAUAAAAAAUGCGCCUUGGUACAAUAACUCAAUAAAGGCACAAAAAUUGCUACUUUUGAUGUCAAUGAGAAGUCAAGUGCCCUGCAAGUUGACUGCUUGUAAAAUAAUGGAUUUAUCUAUUGCAAAUUUUGCAGCGGUAAUUAAAACAUCUGCAUCAUACAUCACGAUGCUAUUGCAGACGCAAUAA